AUGGUUGGAAGCGACGAAGAAGAGGUAGAAGUAUCGGAUGUGGAAUUUGAAGAUGAAGAAGAGGAAGAGGAAAUGGAAUGUGAACUUGUUUGUGAACCUGCACAAAAACUCACUGAUAAAUCGCCAGGUGUUCCUUGUUCCGAUCUUCCGAAGAUAUCUCAGAGAAAUCGAUCAACUCCAGAUGCUACUUCUAAUGAUAAAGAUGAUAAUAUCAUAAUGCCUGAUGUUGAGGAAGAGAUAUCAGAUACCGAUUUUGAAGAUGAGGAUGAAUUAGAGCCUGAACAAGUUUCGGAAUCUGAAAAGCCUCCAAAACCAAGCCACGAUAUUCGAUUCAAAGAACCAGAAAACCAAAAAACUAAACGUUUAGGAGAACCUGAAGAACCACAAAAAGUUUCAUCACCAGCUACUAAAAAACCGAAACCGGCAGAAACAUCAGAGAAACAGUCAGUAAUGAAGGAACCUGUGAAAUCCACAAAAGAUGAUCCAAAAUCGAAAAAUAAGUCAAAGGUAGAACCCAAAAAUCCAAAUGUUAAACCUCAGGAAGAAUUAGAAAAAUCGGAUGAGGAACUCGAGCCAGAACUGGUAUCGGCCCCUGCAUCAAAAAAGCCUGAUAUUAAGCUGAAAGAUCCGGAAGGUACAAAACCAAAGAGGCCACUGAAAGUUAAACCAACAGAGGGUAGUCCGGAACCUGAAACAAAUGUAACUCUUCCAAUAUCGAAACCCAAGAUGAAACCUAGUAUUAAGCCACAGGAACCGGAUGAUGAAGAGCUUGAGCCAGAGCUAGUUUCAGCCCCCACAUCAGGAAAACCUGAUAUUAAGCUGAAAGAUCCGGAAGACAGAAAACCAAGAAGACCACUGAAAGUUAAACCAACAGAGGGUAGUCCGGAACCUGAAACAGAUGUAACUCUUCCGAUAUCGAAACCGAAGAAAAAACCAGGUGUCAAGCCACAAGAACCGGAUGAUGAGGAACUUGAGCCAGAACUAAUUUCGGCGCCUACAUCGAAAAAGCCUGAUAUUAAGCUGAAAGAUCCGAAAGGUGCAAAACCAAAGAGACCUCUGAAAGUUAAACCAACAGAAGGUAGUCCGGAACCUGAAACAGAUGUAACUCUUCCGAUAUCAAAACCGAAGAAAAAACCAGGUGUCAAGCCACAAGAACCGGAUGAUGAGGAACUUGAGCCAGAACUAAUUUCGGCGCCUACAUCGAAAAAGCCUGAUAUUAAGCUGAAAGAUCCGAAAGGUGAGAAACCAAAGAGACCUCUGAAAGUUAAACCAACAGAGGGUAGCCCGGAACCUGAAACAGAUGUAACUCUUCCGAUAUCGAAACCGAAGAAAAAACCACAAGAACCGGAUGACGAGGAAUUCGAGCCAGAAUUAAUUUCGGCGCCUACAUCGAAAAAGCCUGAUAUUAAGCUGAAAGAUCCGAAAAGUGCGAAACCAAAGAGACCUCUGAAAGUUAAACCAACAGAGGGUAGCCCGGAACCUGAAACAGAUGUAACUCUUCCGAUAUCAAAACCGAAGAAAAAACCAGGUGUCAAGCCACAAGAACCGGAUGACGAGGAAUUCGAGCCAGAAUUAAUUUCGGCGCCUACAUCGAAAAAGCCUGAUAUUAAGCUGAAAGAUCCGAAAAGUGCGAAACCAAAGAGACCUCUGAAAGUUAAACCAACAGAGGGUAGCCCGGAACCUGAAACAGAUGUAACUCUUCCGAUAUCAAAACCGAAGAAAAAACCAGGUGUCAAGCCACAAGAACCGGAUGACGAGGAAUUCGAGCCAGAAUUAAUUUCGGCGCCUACAUCGAAAAAGCCUGAUAUUAAGCUGAAAGAUCCGAAAAGUGCGAAACCAAAGAGACCUCUGAAAGUUAAACCAACAGAGGGUAGCCCGGAACCUGAAACAGAUGUAACUCUUCCGAUAUCGAAGCCGAUGAAAAAACCACAAGAACCGGAUGACGAGGAAUUCGAGCCAGAAUUAAUUUCGGCGCCUACAUCGAAAAAGCCUGAUAUUAAGCUGAAAGAUCCGAAAGGUGCAAAACCAAAGAGACCUUUGAAAGUUAAACCAACAGAGGGUAGUCCGGAACCUGAAACAGAUGUAACUCUUCCGAUAUCGAAGCCGAAGAAAAAACCACAGAUAGAAGCUAAAAAACCAAAUGCCACAUCUGAAGAAGAGCCAGAAAAUCCUAAUGAUGAAGAGUUGGAGCCAGAACUGAUUUCUGUUCCCGAGCCUAAGAGACCUAACGCUAAAUCUGGAAAACCAAAGGCAAUCAAACCUAAAAAUCCCCUCAAGGUUAAAUUAACGGAAGACAGUCCUGAACCAGAAACUGACGCCACAUUACCUCUACCGAAGAAAAAACCGAGCGACAAGGAACAAGAUGAAUCGGAGGAACCGGAUGAGGUCUCCGAAACAAGCUUCACUGUUCCAGAAUUACCCAUCGAAAAUGAGAUUGAAAACAAUGAAAAUGUAUCGCCAAAGAAGAAACCGAAACAGAAAAAGAAAAAAUUGAAACCACAAUGGAUUCCACCACCUAGACCACCACCAGAACCAUAUGAGAUGCCACCGGAUGAAAAGAAAUUGGCCGAUAUUCUGAAGGAAGAAAAAAUUCCACCAACAAAACGAUAUGCUAGAAAACCGCAACAUUUAGACGUUUUUAUUCCAUUCGAAAUACCAUGGGAAAAUCUACCCGCACUACAAACACAAGAAGGUAUGGGAGCAUUUGGACAUACCCGAGGUGCAAGUAUAAAGGUUGAUCAAGGUUCCAAGCACUUAGUACAGGGAGAUCUUCAUUCCGAAACUCUCAUCCCACUCUUUUCACAGGCAGUUGGCGAUAAUCGUUCCGGUAUGCUACCUUUCGGAUCUUAUCGAAGAAAUGUAUCGGAUGUUAUUGACAACCAUAAAUUUGAUGAGUCUAAGAUCAAAGAAAGUAAUCGUUUCAUUCCGAAGUUAAUGCAAGGUGCAAUACAGCCACAAAAUGCGGAAACUUUGUUUGGACAAAUUCGUAAUCAGACGCCACAUGUGAAAUAUUUGGACUAUAUGUCGCCAAGUUGUGAUCCAGAAUCUCACGGUUUCAUCAGCCGGCAAUUUGCGCCGACAUCUACCGAAAAAGCUGGCAGUACAAUCAUAGACAGACGACGAAAUGUCAUAGCCAAUGCACAGGGUUCCGGAAAUGAUAUUGGAGUAUUUGAUCGCGCUUCUGAAUCAAUUAUGCCACUUCUUUUCAAUGUUCAAGAUAUCUACCUUAAAGGUGGAACUGAUUUUGGUGCUUUUCGACCAUUGAUCAGUGAAUCAGAAGGUGGUUACCGGAUGACUCUAGAUGACGAGAUCAAAUGUAAACUUGUUGUUCCGUAUCAGACAGCGCCAUCAUUUGUAACAUGA